UACGGGAGAUGCUCCGAGAACCGCUUCCUGUACCAGGUUUUCAAAAUAAAACCUUCCAAACGUUUCGAUCUGCCGCAAUUAAUUAUUUUUCUAUUCAUCGAUCAUCAAUAAAAUCUAAUAAGAGGCUGUAGUGUUUACAGGUUCAAUAAUCCAAUGGAAACGCGUUAAUUCAUCUGUCCUCACUCAGUAAAUUUAAACAUGUUGAAAAUAAUCCUGAAAUCUUUUCUGCCCCGUCUCUGCAGCUAAAGAUGGAAACACUCUGCUCUGGACGGUGAUUGAUGUCUGAUAUUUACAAACAAUUCAAAAUAAUGCAACUUAUCUUUUACAUCCAGGGUUUAGUUUUAUUGUUCUCGCCUGACACGGAGUGAAGCAGUGACUCUAAGCAAAGUAAAACAAUAAAACUUAUAAAAAAUCUACGAACUUCACCAAUUCUUGUUCACAGUGACGUCAUAGUAAAGCAUUAAUCUUUCGCGCCGUUUGUUGUUGCUGUUUUUUGUUCAAUGAAAAGAGGAAGAAGGUGUCACGUGCUCCGGUCCGGCAGGCGGCGGUAGUUGACCUGGACGCUGUUUCUGAGCAGGCGAAGAAGAAGCCUCGCGAACACCCUGUCCGCCAUUUGCUCUUUCAGUUUCUCGCACUCUGUUUCCGUUGAUGUUAUUUCGUCUUUAAAUUAAUCUAAAACGCGAUUUUCCUGCAGAGAAACUCCAGCACGAGGCAGGAGCACGUGACAGCGGCGGUGAUGGCGGCCGACCGGCGCGACGACAAAGAUGGAGAACUGAACGUUCUGGAAGAUAUUCUGACUGAAGCUCCAGAUCAGGACGACGAGCUGUACAACCCCGAGACCGAACGAGACAUCAGCGACAAGAAAGGGACAAAGAGGAAGAGUGAGCGCUCUGACAACCAUGAUCUGAAGAGGCUCCGUCCCUCAUCAGGCCAUACCCCCUCCAGGUCGUCCUCCUCCAGUAAGAGAGCUUUGGCCCCACCUCUUUCCUCCUCCUCCUCUAAGAAGACAGUGUCCAGCCCCCGUGGCCGACAUGCCGCCACCGCCAGCUACAGACACGAAUACUAUGAGGAGCGAAAGGGUCGGAGAGGGGCCCGAGAGGCGAUCAGGAGCCGCGGAGGAGAGGACGCACGACGCAGAGACUCUCAGAGAAGCCUGGAGGGGCUGAGCCAGAAGUUGCGUCGGGCGAGCCCCUCACCCCACGAGGAGGACAACCAAUCAGAGGAGGAGGCUGCAGCAGAGUAUGGCUCAGAGCAGGGGUCAGGAAGCUCCUCCCCUGUCGCCUCCCAUGUAGACGAGGAGGAAGAGGAGGAGGAGGAGGAGGAGGAGGGCAUGGAGGAGGAGGAGGAGGAAGAUGAGGAGGAGGAGGAAGGAGAGAAGGAGGAAGAGGAGGAGGAGGAAUACGACGACGAGGCGGGUGGCGAGGGCAACGACUACGACACUCGGAGCGAAGCUGGAGACUCACGCUCUGCUUCCUCCAUCAGUUUCACUGAUGAUGGCGAAUCAGCUCGGUCAGGCUCCGCCUCUGAGGCCUCAGAUUCAGAGAAGAAGCAGGAGAAGUUGCCGUCGUCGGUCCGAGCAGUUCGUAAAGGGAUGGAGAAUCCAACCAGUAAGCUGCGCUACAUCCUGCGAGACGCACGAUUCUUCCUCAUAAAGAGUAACAACCAUGAGAACGUCUCCUUGGCUAAAGCUAAGGGUGUGUGGUCGACGCUGCCAGUGAACGAGAAGAAGCUGAACGCAGCUUUCCGCUCGGCUCGGAGUGUCGUCCUCGUGUUCUCUGUGAGAGAGAGCGGGAAAUUCCAAGGUUUUGCUCGUUUGGCGUCAGAGUCCCAUCAUGGCGGCUCGCCAAUCCACUGGGUUCUUCCUGCCGGCAUGAACGCCAAGAUGCUGGGUGGAGUCUUUAAGAUCGACUGGCUCUGCAGGAGGGAGCUUCCUUUCACUAAGACGGCUCACCUGUCUAACCCCUGGAACGAACACAAGCCCGUGAAGAUUGGACGCGACGGACAGGAGAUCCAGCCCGACGUCGGUGCUCAGCUCUGUGCUCUGUUCCCAUUGGAUGAGAGUGUGGACGUCCACCAGGUGGCUCGCCGUGUUCGUCACAAACGUCGGACGCCUUCGGAACCGCGGCCUCGAGGCCGACCUCCGCAGCGCGAACCGGGAAGGCGUCGGCUUGAAGAGUACGACCUCCACGGCAGGAAGCGGCCGCGAGCCGAUGGUCCCCCGGACUUCAGCCAGCGAGCAGGGUUCAUCCAGGACCUUCGCAACCAGCCGGUGGACAGACGUUUCUCCAGCGUCAGACGAGAUGUUUUCCUCAACGGGUCCUAUAACGACUACAUGAGGGAUUACCACCACAGUGUCGGCCCCCCCGCUCCCUGGCAGACUCUGGCGGCGUACCCUGGUGUGGAGCAGCCACCGCCCCAUCACCCCCCCUACUACCACCACAGCCACCCCCCCCCACCCCCUCACCAGGCGUACCACCACCACCACCACCCCCCCCUGCCGCCACACGAGGCUCCACCCCCCCGCUUCAGAGACAAGCAGAGAGCGCCGCAACACCGCGCCUUCGCAUCCAGCCCGCACGAUUACGACAUGCGUGUGGAUGACUUCCUGCGGCGGACACAGGCGGUGGUGAGCAGCCGGCGUGAGCGCGAGCGUCAGCGUGAGCGGGAACGUGGCGGACCACGUCGUGAGAGAGAGAGAGAGAGAGCGAGGGACAGAGAGAGAGAGAGGGACAAGGAGAGGGGGCGGUACCGCAGGUGAUUGGAUGAUGUCACAUCCUGUCAGUCUCUAGCCGUGGUUGUUUUGAUGGCGGUGGUUUUGGCUGGUUUCCUGUUUCUGUUGAAAAUUAUGAAAACAAAAAAGAGCUACACGAUGACAUCAUCACAUUUUUUAAAAAAUCUAAAAAAUAAAAUUCUGUUGAGGUUUUGGUGAUUUUGGUCGAAACUCUUAUUUUGUGAUCCUGUGACAUCAUCACAGCACAGGCACACGUCUGUCACAUGGCUCCAUCAUACAUGUUUCUGCUGCACACGUUAAACACGUGAGAAUAAAAGAAUCUCACCUCUGUCAAUAUCUGUUUUAAUGUUUUUCUAAAUUUUAGUCCAGAGGUUUUAAUGUGAGGGUCGAGGCCCUCUGAGGGGUCGUUACAGAAACCUGAGGGGUCACACCAUGAAACGGUGACUUUCUCCAGUCAUAGCUUGUUUUAUUAUGAAAGGUUGGACAGUGUUUCCUGUUUUGUUUUUAUUGUCUUUUGGAUUUUAAAUGUUAAACUCAUUGAUCUUCAGUUCAUUUAUUUAUUUUUGUUUCCAGGUUUAUUCAUAGUAACUGCUUUAAAAAAUAAACAGGAAAUCACAUUAUUUUUUCAUUUUGUUUAAUUCAGUUUCUCAUGAGCGACUCGUGUCGACACAACUUCCUGUUUGUCCUGAUCAGUUUCACUUGGACUGCACGAUUGUUUAUCGAUCAGCAGCAGGUUAAACUGAUUUGUGCUCAGUCUCAGCGAGAACAUCUGAGGAAAAAACUGUUUCCUCUUUGAGACAGGAGGAGGCGGAGCCUGUGCUUGUUUUUGUACAAAAUAAAAGCCUGAAGUAAAA